AUGCCCCCCACAAGACAGUGGGCGAAGUUCUUCCUCUACUCGGGAUUGUGCAUUGGAUCGGGCAUUAUUUUUGUGAAUUACUUUGUGCCCAGCGAUGAGAAGUUCCUGAGCGAGCUGUCCCCGGAACUCAAGGCCAAGUACCACGCAGAGAAAGAGAUCCGUGCCCGGGCCAACCAGCUCAUGCAGCAGAAGAUGAAGGACACCCAGGACAAGCCUGCGUGGCUGCAGGGCCUCAAGAGCUCGCAAAAGCUUGAGCGCCAGAUUCUCGAGGAGGCCCGCAAAGAGGUCGAGCAGAGAACGGUGGCCGGAGAGCUGGCCAGCGAGCGGGAGCGGCUGCGCGAGCUGGCCGAGAAGGAGAAAAAGCUUUAA